AUGGUGAUCUCUCUCUAUUUUUUUCUCUUCCUAUCGUUUCAUAUUUCUUUUUCUCAUGAGAGGAAAUGCCGUUUCUGUCCUGCUUGUCCGCCUAAGUUCAAGGAUUUGAAAAAAUUUUUUUUUUCAAAAAAAACCGGUUACAUGGGGAAAACCAAAACACAUAUACAUACACACGCAUCUAUCUAUCUAUCUAUCUAUCUAUCUAUCUAUCUAUCUAUCUAUCUAUCUAUCUAUCUAUCACUCUCUCUCUCUCUCUCUAUAUAUAUAUAUAUAUAUAUAUAUUCCUUUAUUCCUUUCUUCUUUCUUUCUUUUCAUCUUUCCUUCUUUCUUUCUUUAUUUUUCUCUAUUGACACCUUUAUUUUUUCUUCUUUCAUUUUUCUCUUUUUUUCUUCUUUCCUUUUAUCAUUCUUUCUUUCAUUCGUUCUUUAUUUCUUUAUUUCUUUUCAGUUCUUUUUUUCUUUCUUCUUUGAUUUCUCUCUUCCUUUUCUUUUCUUCUUUCCUUUUUCAUUCAUUCAUUCUUUCUUUCUUUCUUUCUUUCUAGUCCUUUAUUUCUUUCUUUCAUUUCUUCUUUCUUUCUUUCGAUCUUUGUUUUUAUACAUCCUUCUUUAUUGGUUUCUACACUAUAUCUUGUUUCCUUUUACCAAAAUUUCUUUCUUUCUUUCUUUCUUUCUUUCUUUCUUUCUUUCUUUCAAUCAAUCAACCUUCCUUAUUUUAGUUUAUGCAUUUCUUUUGCAGAUUUCCUAUAUUGUCCUUAUUCAGCUGUAA